CUGUCACUAAUUCUCGGUGUGUAAUAACCAAACCCAUACAAAAAAAAAUUUUAUAGGCAGGCCCAGUGCCGGCUCCAACCACUAAAUACUAACUUUAUAUACCAUUAGUUACUGAGGCAACUUAAUGGAUCGAAUAUUGACUGUAUUACUGACACAUAAUAGUGAGUUUUGAAUAAUACCGACUAAUCCCUAGUGUCUCUAUAGUUUAUUUAGUCCCUAAUAGUCAUGUCUCAUCAGACUUCUCGAUAUACCCUAGGGGACGAUAUACAUUUUGAUUAUGAUAGUAAUAGUGGAACUGUAACCCCAAAUGACAACAAUACCAACAAUGUAUCCACUGGUUCCAAGAAGAAAAAGAAGAAGAAGAGUAAAACAAAGUCAAAGAUUACAUCAACAUCAAAUGUUCAAGCUACUAUUAAUGACCCAGAAGCUGAUUAUCCAACUUCUCGAGUUAUAAAGCAAGGACCUAAUGGAGAUGUAAUAGUUGAAAGUUUGGAUGAUGAAGAAUAUUCAAAUUCAAAUGAACACCAAAAUCAAAAUCAUCAAAAUCAUCAACCAGCAAAUAUAUGGGAUAGUUCAACUAUUGAAGAACAAGAGAAUUUAAAAUUAUUUUGGGAAUCACUUGAUGAAGAUCAAAAACGGAAACUUGUUCGAAUUGAUAAAGAAGCUAUACUAGCUACUUUUAAGAAUGAAGCCAAACAAUUAGCCAAUCAACAAGGAGGAAUAAAUUCCACCAAUAUAUCAGGAACUAAUGGUUUAAUUGGUAAUAAUAAUAAUAAUAGUAAUAAUAAUAAUUCAACCCUUAAUAAUUGUCCUUGUAAAUAUUGUGGUAGAAGAAGUAAUAUUAUUGAUGAUGAAUUAGAAACCAUUUAUGAUACUCAUUUUGAUGAUAUUAUUGAAUUCAUUCAUGAAAUAAGAAAUAUAAAUGAUUUAAAUGCUCUUCCUGGUUUAUUAUUCGGAGGCUUUCAUAUGCUUGAAGAAGAGCAUAAACUACAGAAACGACAACAGCGUUUAAAGAAACAUGAUCAUCAUCAUCACCAUCAUCAUCAUCACGAUCAUGACCACGACCACGACCACGACCAUGACCACGACCAUGACCAUGACCAUGAUCACGACCAUGAUCAUGACCACGAUCACGACCACGAUCAUGAACCUAUUGAACAUCAUUUACCUCCACAAUUACCACAAUCACAAUUACAAUCAAAAUCAAAAUCUCAAUCUCAAGAACCAACAUCACCAGCAUAUCCUAUACCUUUACCAACAAUUGAACCUAUUGAAGAUGAAGCCAUUCAAUCACCAUCUCCACCACAAGUACAAGCACAAGUACAAGUACAAGCACCAAAUCAAUCACCAUCACAACCACAAAUACCUUCACAAAUUAGAAAUGAAAUUGAAAAAUUUAUUGAAGAUGCUAAGAGUAAUCCAUUAGGAUUAAGUAAAGAAGAACAAAUUUAUCAUAAACUUAUGGAUCCUAAAUUACUUGAAGCACUUGAAAGUCUUGAUUUUGAAAAGAUUAAAGAAGCUUCAAUUCCAAGUGAUGAUAGUAAUGAUAUUAAUCAUGUACAUUUACUUGAAAAGGCAGGAUCUUUAAGAGAUAUGAUUCGAGAUUUAAAGAAAACUGAUCAAGCUCAAUUAGAAAAGGGAAUGGCCUUUUUACAAAAACGUGAUCAAGCUCAAUUAGAGAAAGGUAUGGCAUUUUUACAAAUUAUGGGGAAACUAUUCUCAAAAUCAGCCAUAUCUGCAAUGUCAAAUCCUAAUGGACAAGUUGAUUCAGAAACUCAAAAAUUAUUGGCUAAUAAAUUUAGUGAUCAAUUAACUCAAGGUUUAUCUAAUUUUGCUGAAGAUUUAUUAAAGAAUGAUGGUCAUUCAUUUAUUGAUAUGAUGGAAACCCUUUCUGAAUCAAAAGCUGGUCGUGAAGAUUUAUUAAAGGAUGAUAUAAGACCUAAUCCUCAACCUAUUAGUAGAAUUAAUUAUCAAUAUAAUCAUAAUCAUAAUCAUAAUCAUAAUUAUAAUCAUAAUCAUAAUUAUUCUCAUCCACCUAUUAAGAAUAAUCAUCAUAAAAUUAAUGGUGGAGCAUGGAAUGAUGAAGAUGAAGAAUUUGAAAAUGGGAAUACCAAUAAACAUGGAUCAGAUGAAGAAGAUGAAGAAGAUGAAGAAGAUUAUGAUCAUGAUGAGUUUGAUGUAGAAGAUGAUGACUAUGAUGAUUAUGAUGAUGAUGAAUAUGAAGAUGAAGAUUAUGAAGAUGAUGAAGAUCUUGAAGAUAUUGAUGAAGAAGAAGGUGAAGGAGAUGAAAGUGCAAGUGAUACAGAAAGUGAAAUCUCUGAAGAAGAAAAAAUGCAAGAAGUUCGUCGAUUAUUUCUUAUUCAAGUAAUUAAAUUAUUUCAAGAAAGAUUAAAAACUGCUUAUAAAGAAAAAUUAUCUGAAGAUCGUACUCAAAAAUUAAUUGAAGAAUUAGAAGCUGAAGAAAAUGCCAAGAAAGAUCGAUUACUUAAGAAAGUUAAACAAAAGGAAAAGGCUAAAGAAAAGAAAAGAUUACAACAAUUAGCUAAAGAAGAAGAACGAAAGAAAAAGGAAGAAGAACAACGAGCUAAAGAAGAAGAAUUAAAACAAAAGCAAGAAGCUCUUAGAGCUGAACAAAAGAAGAGAAAGGAAGAACAACGACUUAAACGAGAAGAAGAAAAACGUAAACGAAUUGAAGAACUUAAGAGGAAAGAAGAAGAACAUCGAAAGAAAGUUGAAGCUCAACAAAAACGAGAAGAAGAAGCUAAGAAAUUAAAGGAAGAAAGAAAGAAGAAAAUGGAAGAAGAACGUCGUAAGAAAGAAGAAGAAAAGAAACAAAAGGAAUUACUUAGACAACAACGAGAAGAACAACAAAGAAAAGAACAAGAAGAAGAAGAAAUAAAUAGAAUAGUAAGAGAACAAGAAGAAAUUUUAUCCCUUGAAAGAGCAACUCAACAAGAACAACAACGACUUGCAACUUUUAUUGAAGAAGAAAGAUUAAGACAACAAGCUUCUCCAAUUAAAUCUAAUCCACUUUUAGAGCAAUUAUAUCAAUCUAAGGGUCCCUUACCAAUUCUUAAUAGUCAUGGACAUUCUCCAUCUCCUGUUAAUGGAGGAUUAUUAUCUGAUCCUACAGUUUCAGUUUCUGUAACUUCUAAUUCUAAUCCUGGUCCAACUCAUAAUGGAUUCUUAUAUUCUAAUACCAAUACUAAUCCUGCUAAUACUGCUACAACAACCAAUACUAGUAAUAAUACUAAUACAGCCUUUGGAGUUAAUACUACGACUACACCUAUAGUAUCAACAAGUAAUUUGAAUGGUACCAUUAAUUCUCCAUGGGGUAGUAAAUCUCGAAUUAAUUCUAUUUCUUCUAAUAAUCUUGGUCAGACUAGUAGUCAAUUCCCUCUUGGAACUUCAACUACUUUUAGUCCAUUUAAUGAUUUUACUACUUCAAAUAAUGGAGUUGGAGUUGGAGUUGGAGUUGGAGUUAAUGGAUUAGUUAAUGGAGUUGAGAAUAUUAAUUUAAAUCCGACAGUUUCAGUUCCACCUAAUGUAUGGAAUAGUCCAACUGCUAGUCAUAGUUUAUUAAAUAAUGGAGGUGUUGUACCAAAUAGUACAGGAAGUAAUGGAAAUUCAAGAAAUAAUUCGAUUUGGAAUAAUCCUCCUAAUUUAGGAGGUAGUAUUUGGAAUACUCCAUCAUCCAUUACUCAAGCUGGAGUUCCACCACCAGUUUCUGUUCCAUCUUCAGUAUCUGUACCAGUAUCUGUACCAGUUUCUGUAUCUGUUCCUGUAUUAACUAAUGAUUUUGAAGUUAUUCAGAAAUUAACUUUUGAUAGUUUCCAAUUACUUCAAACCACUAAUCAAUUAGAAUUUGGAGUUGCAUCAGUUAAUAAAUUAUUUAUGAAAGUUCAAAGUUUAUUAAUUGGAGGUAAUACAUUAAAUAUUAAUCAAUUCUUAACGGCUCUUUAUCAACCUAGUCAAAAUAAUAAGUAUCAAUUUGAUUUCUUAAGAGAUGAUUAUGGUAAUGUUACUCAUAUAAAAGUUAGUUCUUUACAAUCUCCAUCACUUCAACAUCUUUCAUCUAAUGGUCCACCAGGUUUAACUAGUAAUGUUGGAGUUAAUUCCGGUAUACAAUUACCUACAUUUGCAGGAAGUAAUCCAAAUAAUGGAAUGGUUUCAUUUAUGGAUGUAUGGAAUAAAAAUGAUAAUAAUGGUAAUGCAACUUCUGCUUCUGCUUCUGCUACUGCUGCUGCUGCUGCUGCUGCUGCUGCUGCUACUGCCACUAGUGCUGUUCAUGGGUUAUGGAAUUAG